CGUAACAUGUGGAGGACACUGGUGUAGAAACAGCUGAUCCUUAAGUUCGGUUAGUUUAAGUCGUGCAUGAGCCCGACAUUAGUUCGGUUAGUUUAAGUCGUGCAUGAACCCGAAAUUUGUUAACACAGAAAUUUUGGUUAUUCGCUUGGAUCUUGGAUUUGAUUAUUUUGUGCCUCCUGUGUUUGGUUUGUGUCAUUUAUGACUUUGACCAGCGCCACCUUCAACUUAGUUGAAGGUGGCGCUGCUUUGACUUAUAAAAUAAAAUGUAAUCAGCAUGUUUCGUGCUAUAGAUCAUAGAUGACAGCAACGUCAGGUUUUGUAUUUUGUAGGUUUUGUAUACAAAUGGUCAAAUACCAAAACUAUGAUAAACAUUUGAAAAACACCUCUCAAAAUGACUGGUGAAAUAUGUAUAAUGUGUUUGAAGAAAGAUGUGACCCUAUUUAAUGUUCAUACGGUAUACGACACGAUAAAAAAAAACUUCGGCGAACUUUAUGGCAGUCAGGUUAGAGGAAUUAUAGAUCCAUCUGAUUGUGUCUGUUAUGAUUGUUUUAUUGUACUUGAUAAACUAGCUAAGGCGAAGAGACAGAUAUGGAACACCAUUUGUCGCAAAAUACAGAAGGGAACUGCACAGAUGGAAAAAACUUUGCAGGGAAUUGAUACUAUCAAGAUGGAAGCAAAACAGAAACCAGAUGAUUCAGAGCAAGAGGAGUAUGAUAGGGUUCCAAGAAGCGGUUCACCUCAAAAUAGUUCAGCCUUACUAGAACAUACUCAUUCCGAGUCAUAUAAUAAGAAAAUGGAAGAUGCUAUAGCUUUAACCCAGUAUCAGAAAGCAAAUGGUGAUCAUACAAGGAAACGGAAAAGGAGUAAGUCUUCUUUAGGGGCGAGAAGCCUCAAAAGAUGCAGUUCUACAACAUCAGUGUCGUCAGUGUCAUCCUACAUAAGCACUGAAACUUGUGAUGAAGUUGCCGAUAUCAAUGCAUGGAACAUUAGGAGGGCAUUGUCAAGGACACCCAACAGUGUCUAUUCCUCUAGCUGUGUUACUGAUUCAAGCACGGUUGAGUACGACGACGUCGGGAGACUAGUAAAGAAGAGAACAAGGUCAGUAUCUCGAGCACAAGAGGAGGAGAAGCUGCGCCUUGAAAGUGUUGAAGGUACCAUUUUUUACUGUACCGAGAAAGACUGUGAUGGAUCAUUUAUGGACCUUGAUCUGUAUAACCUCCAUAGAACCAUACGCCACAGAGCUUUGGCGAUGUAUAUUUGCUAUGAAUGCAACAAAAGCUAUACAACAGCCGAGCACCUGCGACUGCAUAGUUUGACCCACGAUAUCUCGUCGUUCUUCUGCCUGAUGUGCGGCGUUGAAAUGCCAAAUUGUGCUGAAUUGCAGAAGCACCUGGAUGAGCAUUUAGCCUAUUCUGUUCCAUGCAAGUAUUGUGAUAAGUCAUUCCUCUCCAAAUCAGCGUGCGCGCAGCACUGCCAGGUGAAGCAUAAAAAGACGAGGUAUAGACGGUUGAACAGAUGUGAACAUCUCAUUAUUGAUAGGGUGGAUUUCAAACCCCUCUCCACAAACGACAAUCAAGAAGAUCGUACUUAUAAGGCUUACAUAAUAGAGCAGGGUUCGUCUACUCGGCUAGAUGUAAAUCCAGAGAAUUUAAGAAUGAUGAACAUCGAGAACACUGAAGAUGAUCUUCCAUCUGGUGAAGUAGAAGCCGAAUAUGAAACAAAAGAAGUUGAAGAAAAUAUAGCCCAACCAGAAGAACUUGCAGAAGAGAUUAGUCAAGAACUGGUUGAAGAAGGUGUUAUUCAAGAAGAAGAAAUAGUAGAAAACGGGAUUAGUGAAGAAUCAUUUAGUGAAUUGUUGAGUUCUAGCGAAAUGUUAGAGGAUGUUAGAGAAAAUUGCGAUUAAACAUAAGGACCCCGUAAAGAAAGUUGUAAAUAGUCAUUAAACAUUGAAAGGUGUGUUUUGAGUUUUGAGAAAUGCAAAAAGGUAUAUCGAACAGCUGUAAAUGAUUUGUUGAUUUUAGUUGAAUAUCUUUAAUUUUGAAUGUACAAAGUCAUGAUAGUUUUCAUUAAGUUCGUUAUGCAUUAUUACCAUAUUCAUACAGCAGUGAACCCGCCCUAGAAAGAGAAAUUUUUAUAAAAACGUUAUUUUUGGGUUCUAAAAGUAUGAACCAAGUUCUCAAUAAAAAUCUUCAAGUGA